AUGUCGAAUUACGUGAACGGGCAGACGGAUCUGCCGCCUCCGAUCGUGGCGGCGGAUACUGCUUAUACUCAAGACACGCCUUUUACACAACCUUCCCAUUAUGACAGCGCUCAAUACCAGACGAACUCUGGUCAGGAGAGCGCGCCGUACUCCCAAUAUCAGGCGUAUGACCACCAUGGUGGUGCUGAUGCUCAGUACGCUGAGCAGCGUUACGAUACGCAACAGCCGACGCACUCUUCCCAGCCGCAGGAUGAGAUGGAGCCUGAAGUGUCUGCUGACGAUGAGUACGGCACUGUAUUGCACUGGAUUCGCUCCCAGAAGCGCGGCGGUGAUGACGAAAUGGGAGCAAACGAUGUCAAGGUUGUCAAGAAGCGCAACUGGCUUAUGCCCUGGAAGGUUCGCGAGGUUCGCGUGAACAAGAACGGGGAAGAGGAGACAGUGGCGAUGAAGGUCCCCGAGUCGUGGUUAGAGACGGACGUGUUCCAGGGUCUUAGCGACGACGAGGUUGCACGUCGUCGCAAUGUCUUUGGCUUUAACGAGCUCGAGAGCCCUCACGAAAACAUGUUCCUCAAGUUUAUUGGUUUCUUCCGCGGUCCGAUUCUCUACGUCAUGGAGCUUGCUGUUGCUCUUGCCGGUGGUCUGCGUGACUGGAUUGAUUUUGGUGUGAUUAUUGGUAUUUUGAUGCUCAACGCUUUUGUCGGUUGGUAUCAAGAAAAGCAGGCUGGCGACAUUGUUGCCCAGCUCAAGGCCGGUAUCGCGCUCAAGGCCACUGUUGUACGCAAUGGCCACGAAGAGGAAAUUGAGGCACGUAACAUUGUCCCAGGUGACAUUGUUGUGGUUGAGGAUGGUAUGACUGUUCCUUGCGACGGUCGCACUCUUGCCUCGUACGAUGACAAGGAUCUUUCCGAGGCUACUGCCAUUCGCAAGCGCAUGGAAGAAACGAUGCACAAUGAGGCCGAUGUGGAAGAUGAAGACGCGGGUGUCGAUAAGGGCCCUGCGAUUGUCGCCUGUGACCAGUCCGCCAUUACUGGUGAGUCGCUUGCCGUUGACAAGCACGUUGGUGACACUGUGUUUUACACCACUGGUUGCAAGCGUGGAAAGGCGUUUGUCCUCUGUACCGAGAGUGCUAAGCAGUCGUUUGUCGGUCGGACUGCUGCCCUUGUCUCUGGCGACAGCGGCACGGGUCAUUUCCAGAAGGUCAUGUCUCUGAUUGGCACCACCUUGCUCGUUCUCGUCAUUGUCUUUGUGCUUAUUGUUUGGUUCGCUGGCUUUUUCCGCGGCGUGCAGAUUGCGCGCCCUAAGGAGAACAAUUUGCUUAUCUACACGCUUAUCUUCCUCAUUAUUGGUGUGCCCGUCGGUCUCCCUUGUGUUACCACCACCACUCUUGCUGUCGGUGCCGCUUACCUGGCCAAGCGCGAAGCGAUUGUCCAGAAGCUCACUGCUAUCGAGUCGCUCGCCGGUGUCGAUGUGCUCUGCUCGGACAAGACGGGUACCCUCACUGCGAACAAGCUGUCCAUCCACGAACCCUUUACCUCGCCCGGUGUUGAUGUCAACUUUAUGAUGGCGGUUGCUGCCCUCGCCUCGUCGCACAAUGUCAAGUCGCUCGACCCCAUUGACAAGGUUACUCUUGCCACGCUCAAGGACUACCCUGGCGCCCAGGAGGAGCUUGGCUCUGGUUGGGUUACCAAGCGUUUCACUCCGUUUGACCCUGUCUCGAAGCGUAUCACUGCCGAAGUCUCGAAGGAUGGCAAGGAGUACGUUGCCGCCAAGGGUGCGCCCAAUGCGAUUCUCAAGCUCUGCAGCCCUCCCAAGGAGCAGUCUGAUGAGUACCGCAAGGUUGCUGGUGACUUUGCCCUGCGUGGUUUCCGUUCGCUCGGUGUUGCGAUUUGCGAAGAUAAUAAGUGGAAGCUCUUGGGUCUUCUCCCCAUGUUUGACCCUCCCCGUGCUGACACUGCCGCCACCAUUGCCGAGGCUCAGAGCCUUGGUGUGAGUGUCAAGAUGCUUACUGGUGACGCCGUCGCUAUUGCCAAGGAGACUUGCAAGAUGCUUGCGCUUGGUACCAAGGUGUACGACUCGCAGCGUCUGAUUGGCUCUGGUGGUAUGACUGGCUCUGCCAUCCACGACUUUGUCGAGGCUGCGGAUGGUUUCGCUGAAGUGUUCCCCGAGCACAAGUACCAGGUCGUCGAGAUUCUCCAGCACCGUGGCCAUCUUACUGCCAUGACUGGUGACGGUGUCAAUGACGCCCCGUCGCUCAAGAAGGCUGAUUGUGGUAUUGCCGUCGAGGGUGCCUCGGAUGCUGCCCGCUCCGCCGCCGAUGUUGUUUUCCUCGAUGAAGGUCUCUCUACCAUUAUCACUUCGAUCAAGGUUGCCCGCCAGAUUUUCCACCGUAUGAAGGCCUACAUUCAGUACCGUAUCUCUCUUUGUAUCCACUUGGAGAUUUACCUGCUCUUGACGAUUAUCAUUUUGAACGAGGCCAUCCACGCCAAGCUCAUUGUGUUUAUUGCCCUCUUUGCCGAUGUUGCCACGAUUGCGAUUGCCUACGACAAUGCUCCCCACGCCCGUCUUCCUGUCGAGUGGGAGCUGCCCAAGAUCUGGAUCAUUUCCAUUGUGCUCGGUAUUAUUCUUGCUGGUGGUACUUGGAUUACCCGUGGUACCAUGUUUUUGAACAAUGGCGGUAUUAUCCAAAACUUUGGUAACAUUGAGGAGAUUAUCUACCUUGAGGUUGCCCUCACCGAAAACUGGCUCAUCUUUGUCACCCGUCUUGGUGGUGGCGAGUCUGACAUCACCCUUCCCUCCUGGCAGCUCGUCGGCGCCGUUGGUGUCGUUGACAUUAUCGCCACGCUGUUUUGUCUGUUUGGCUGGCUCUCUGACGCGGAGCACCGCAACCCGAUUACUGCUCCCCACGGUGGCUGGACCGAUAUUGUGACGGUUGUCCGUGUCUGGGCCUUCUCCUUUGGUGUCUUUAUCGUCUGCCUGCUUGUCUACUAUGUCAUGAACCGUAUCCCCUGGCUCAACAACCUCGGCCGCCGCGUCCGCUCUAGGAAGAACGAGCAGAUGGAGGACUUCUUUGCGAACCUUCAGCGUCUCACGCUUGUCCACGAGAAGGAUGCCAAUGACAAGGACGUGUACGAGUUCCAAACCCGUCUCGACAUCGAAGACGAGUAA